GACUUAGGUUUGGAAAAUACCAAAUACAUUGCCUGUGAUAGAAUACUUACCUUGUAACAGCCGUUCCCUCUCCUCUGGCUUACUAGAUAGAAGGGAAAUUAAACAUUCUAAUUACUGAGCUGGAAGAAUGAGUUGGAAGUCUAUGAUAAACCACAACUAUUUAUAUUUAAGAAAAGGCUGUUUGGUUGGAUCCAGUGCAGCUGUUCUAUUUACAGAAGGGAUUGUAAACCACCAGAGGAUUCCACAAGCUCAAGCGUAUUUUGCAAAUUCCUUAUACAGCAACCCAUGCCGUUUUUCUGUAACUGCAAGGAGAAUUGGGGGGGGGGGACACGGGACCACCUACCUUUUGCCUCCAUUUGUGAGUGUGUUCUGUGACCAGAACUGCACUCUCAGUUCUAACACAGUAACUUACUUGGAAGCAUCUGGAGGUGGCGGAAACAUAACUCAUCCUUUUGUUUAGACUUGAAUUCUGGGUAAAAAUAUUAGAAUGAGCAAAACAAAAAUAGAAUGUAAUUUGGAACACACACUGUGUUUCUAUAUCACAUGUUUAAUAAUGACAUAUUUGUGAAGAAUUUAACUGAAACAAGGUAACAUUUUGAAGCCUUGAAUUACAUACAGGCAUACAUGCAUGUAUACACAAAUGAACAGUGGCUUGUCCCCUUCCAUAGCCAGACUAGGAACCCCAGGUAAAUGCAAAGGGGACCUCAGUUUUUCUAAUGUAUUUUUUAAAAAAUGGUUUAUUGUGUCCGUUGUAGUCAAAUUGUAGAAAAGUCAUAUGUUUCAUUUUAAAAAGAAACAAAUACCUAAUAUGUUUUCUGCAAGUAGAUUGCUAGCACUAUAUGAAAGUCUGAAGUUCAUAAAUUGUUGGUGCUCACGAGAAAACAUUUGAUGUACAGCAUCUUUUCCUCAGCAUUUGGCAAGCAUAUGCAAAUAAACUGUCAUUAUUGUGACACACUAACUGAAAGAUGGAACUUGGGCAACAAUCAGAAUGAGUAAGAAGUCUCCACGUGCAGGAAACUUUUGCAGUAGUAGUCAAAUAAGUGAUUCGUCACCUGUACUGGCAUUGUACUUGUCAACAGGAACUGCAGUAAAUUUAUUCUGUAAUUUAUUGCAUUUUCAUCUAAGUGGUUUUAUGCCACUAUGUUGUUGGAAAAGCUGCAUAUUUUUAGGGAAGUUUAGGGUUAUGUUUAGGGAAGUUUUUAAUGUCUGAGAUUUUAAUGUAUUUUAAUGGAAGCUGCUCAGAGUGGCUGGGGAAACUCAGCCAGAUGGGCAGGGCACAAAUAAUAAUAAUAUAUUUAUUUAUUUAUCACUGUUGGUCUAGUGAGUUAGGGAAGGAAUAGCUAUUUAGUCAGUAGGCAGUAACUGUAAAAGGCCUGCAGUUUUCAUCCAUAUAUAGCUAACAUUAAUACAAGCUUUUAAUGCUCAUUCACCUGUUUUGUUUCUAAUUUGAGUAUAUUGUGAUAUGAUUUGUCUUUGAAGUUUUCAGUCUGUAUCUGAGUGCAACAGAUACUUGAUGGAUAUGAGUUACAUGUGCAUGUUGGCUUUAACGCAGCUGGAGUUGUAAAUUACAGACCGUCACAUAUUACUGACAAAUCUGUUGAUCAGCUCCUGAGCCUUUUGAAUAACCAGUGAAAUGCACCCCAACUCUCAGCAUUCAGUAUAAUCCCCUCCCCUCACCCUGAAUGUAUCUUGUGAAGGAAGGAUUUUCUUUUCCCAUGAAUAAUGUACCUCCAUGUGAACAAACGGUUUUAGUAUCAAGCAAGCAGAGUGCACCUGUGUUUGUGGUUGCUCAGGUGUGUUGCUAGGUUGUUAAUUUCCAUAAACUGUAGCCAUCCAGAACAUCAACACUAUUUUUGAACCUUCCUGCUUUGAGAGUGCAUGGUUUUAAAACUAGCUUCAUGGCAUUGCAACAGGGCUGUGACACUAGCAGCCAUGUAAAAAGCACAAUGUGCAGCAUCUCUUGCCACUUAGGAAGUUGGUAUGUAUCUUCUAGCUUCUGGCCAUGCAGUGAGCCCACUGUUGCCCCACUUGGAAAUCUGGGGAAGAACAGAGAUGAGGACUUACUGCUGUACUAGUCACUGAGGUAGUUACUCUGAGAAUGAACCAGAAUUUUAAUCAACUUUGAAUUUAACACUCAAGUAGGGGCAGGGCCGGAUUUAGGUUUGAUGAGGCCCUAAGCUACUGAAGGUAAUGGGGCCCUUUAUAUGUCCAGCUGUCCUUUGUCCACAGCAAAUUGUCGCUGUUUUUUGUGUUGGAUGUAUGCUAUAUGGUAAUUUAUGGACCUAAUGGGUAUCUAAAGCCAUUUGCACAUAACAAAAUAUGUAUUUUAUCAAAGUAAUUGUUGAACUUAUAUUUUGGAAAUGUACAUCCAGGGUUUUUUUCCCCUUUAAUUUUUUUUAGGCCCCCAAGAGAGUCCUAAGCCAGGGGUCAGCAAACUUUUUCAGCAGGGGGCUGGCCCACUGUUCCUCAGACCUUGCAGGGGGCUGAACUAUAUUUUUUUGAGGGGGGAAAUGAACGAAUUCCUAUGCCCCCAAAAUAACCCAGAGAUGCAUAUUACUAAUAAUAAUAAUAAUACCCCACCCAUCUGGCCGGGUUCCCCCAGCCACUCUGGGCGGCUUCCAACAAAACAUUAAAAUACAGAAAUCCAUCAAACAUUAAAAGCUUCCCUAAACAGGGCUGCCUUAAGAUGCCUUCUAAAGGUCUGGUAAUUGUUGUUCUCUUUGACCUUUGGCGGGAGGGCAUUCCACAGGGUGGGUGCCACUACCGAGAAGGCCCUCUGCCUGGUUCCCUGCAGCUUGGCUUCUCGUAGCGAGGGAACUGCCAGAAGGCCCUCAGCGCUGGACCUCAGUAUCCGGGUAGAACAAUGGGGGUGGAGACGCUCCUUCAGGUAUACUGGACCGAGGCCGUUUAGGGCUUUAAAGGUCAGCACCAACACUUUGAAUUGUGCUCGGAAACGUACUGGGAGCCAAUGUAGGUCUUUCAGGACCGGUGUUAUGUGGUCUCGGCGGCCACUCCCAGUCACCAGUCUAGCUGCCGCAUUCUGGAUUAAUUGUAGUUUCCGGGUCACCUUCAAAGGUAGCCCCACAUAGAGCCCCACAUUUUAAAUAAAAGCACACAUUCUACUCAUGUAAAAACACUCUGAUUCCUGGACCGUCUGCGGGCUGGAUUGAGAAGGUGAUUGGGCCGAAUCCAGCCCCCCGGCCUUAGUUUGCCUACCCAUGUCCUAAGCUAUAGCUUGUUUAGCUUAUACGUAAAUCUGGCACUGAGUAGGGGGUGUUCAAGAGAAGAAUCCUAAAACCAGGGAGGAGUUGCAUUUGAGGCAGAGACUGACUGGUGGUUGUGGUCCUUUAAGCUCUCUUUCAUAAUUUUAUUUUGCUACAUGCAGCUAGGUUCCUCCCAGGCUGCCUCCUGUCCACAUUCACGUCAAGCCUUUCCCUCCCAAGCAUUAACCUGCUACAAGGUUAUUAGUUGCUUGUUCCUACCCUUCUUAGCAGGUUUGGUAUGAUGUCUUGGAAGCAGUGUUUGUAUUCAUCAAGUAAACAAAAGGGAAACCUUCGUUUGUUAUGGAUACAAAUCUUGUGAUUUGCCUCCAUUCUUCACAUUCUAGUGCCAGCAUAAUUUAUGCUUGUUCCCGUAAUUUAUACUAGAUCAUUCCAAAGCCCCUUUACUUGUAGCAUUCGGUUAUUUUAAUAACAGAGUUACUUUUAAUUUCAGUUCUUUACAGCGGGGGUGGGGGUGGGGGACCUGUGCCGGAGGACCAAGUUGGACCUGCAAGACUGUUUACCCGAAACAAUGCCCACCUGUCCCACUCCUGAUGUCAUGUGAUGUCAGGCAUGGGGCAAAGAGAGUCAUGUCUCCAUAAAUAUCUGGUUGCCCUUGGAGAAUGCACUUUUGCAGCCAAUCCCUGCAAAAGGUAUAGUUGAAGUCACUGCCCUUCAACUCAUAGGGCAUGACUUCAAGCCUGCUGAUCAGCAUUGGUUCAAAACACCACACAGAGUGUUGUUUUUUGCAAGCAUGGUGACAUCACUGACAUAAGGCAGUUUUCUGGUGGGUAACUUUCCCCACCAAAUUCAGCCCACAAGGGGUAGGAGUUAAAAGAAUAUCCUGCUGGCCAGAUCAGGUUCUGUACUUCUGAUCUGCAGCAUGGGUGGCUAACCAGUGACCUUCCAGAUAUUGUCCAUCAUCUCUGACCACUGGCCAAGCUGGCUGGGACUAAUUGGAAUUGAAGUUCAAUACUUGAAAGGCUACAGGUUAGCCACCCCUGACUCACAGUAUUUUUAAAACAACAGAAUGAGAGUUUAAAGAAGAAAUAAUGUUUUGCAUGCUGUCUGUCUACGUGUAUGUGUGGUUGUGUGGUACCCUAUGGCCCUCUGGUUAUUGCUAGACUACAUGUCCCUGACCAUUAGCUUUGCUAGCUGGUGCUGAUAAAGUUGAACUAAAAAUAAAUAUGGAAGGCUGAAGAGUUCCUACCCUUGCAAUAUGGGAAACGUCACUUGUUUAAUCCUUCAUAACUGGUCUUCAGUAAACCAAAAGCACUCAACUCUCACAAAUCUUUUGACUGAGAACACCAUAGGGUUUGGCCCUACAAACACUGAAAAAAAGUAAAGUCCCACUGAAUUCACACACAAAAUUGUGAAUUCACGCACAAUUUUAUUGAGCACCCAAAGCCAUAUACUUGUUUUUACUCAAUAUUCUUGUGGGCUUCCAAUCAAAAUGAUUAAAUAAUACUUUGGUGCUCAAAUUAUAAAAUGGAUUGUUUCCUACUUCAUAGAACCUUAAAUUCUGUUGCCUUGCCUUUCCUGUUUUCAAGGUGCUGCAAAAUACUUCGGGUAAUGCCUUUGAAAAGAUUAUUUCUGUCUCUCUCCCCACCCCCCACCUCUUACUUUUUUCCAGUUGAAACUUCUUGGAGGACACUAUCAAUAGGCAAUACAACAUCAAUUCUGCAGGAUGGUCCUAUGAGCUUUACCCUGUUGGGUCCCUAUUUCUCAUAGCUGCAACUAGCCACUGUUUUAAAGACCUAGGAUUAGAAGCUUGCAGGCCCUAAAAGCUUGGCAGAUGUUCUGUGUGAAUUGCCUAGGAACAGCCACAAGGUACAAUCUCUCCAAAGCAGUGUUUGCAGAGCUAUUACUGAAACUCUUCUGGUGGCCAUUAACAAGUAGUCGCUAGUGAUACCUAUCUUGGAAUGGUUGACAAUAAAACUGGAAACUGCAGUAAAUGUGAACUUAAUGAAAAUACUGUUUGGACAGAGGAUAAAUUUACAACAUAUUAGAGUGAGUCCUGAGUUGAACCAGUUCCUUGCAGUUGUCUAAAUAUAGCACAGUUGGGUAUACCUUUGUCUGUACACUAUAAAAUUCUCUUUUCUCUCAAACCUUAACAGAGCGCAGUUCUAUUUGUUGCAACUAUUUAUGGGCUGCUUAUUCUUUCCAGCACCCAAUUUUAUGUAAUUUAUCUUUUCUUGUCCUUCUCUAUUUGGGGCCCUGCUCUGGUUACUCUCAGAAAUAUAAGCAACAGACUUAGUUUCUAUAACUGCCAGGAAGCUGGGUUUGGCUUUAGGGAAUGGUGGUGGAGAUUUACUAAUUUGUUCUGACCCUUCUUGUACCACCCCUCUUACUCUUCGUACUCUACUAGUCACUUUUAUAUUGCAAUGUCAUUGCAAAACAUUGAUUUCAGGAGGAUGGAAACUGCAAGUGUUCUGUGUAGAACAGAUGCUGUUGAACUGUCAAUCAACCUUGACCAUGCUAUCUGGGGCUGACAGGAGUUACAGACCAAAAUGCCUCUAAGACAACACAGUGUUUUACCCCUGUCCUAAAUCACAACUCUCGAACACAUAACCUUGAACUUAAAAGAAAAAUGCAAGAUUUCUUGGCAACCAAAAACAUCAAGUGUUAGGAAGCUCCCUUACACCGAGUCAGAAUAUUAAUACAGCUACCGUAGUUCAGCAUUUUUUCUACACUGACUGGCAACAGUUUUCAAGAAGAGGGCUCUCCUAGCCAUACCUGGAACAUUUUGCAGGCAGUGCAUGUGAUUUACCUCCAAGCCUACCCUGCUUUGAAAGAAAGCUGGAGGAUGCGGAACAAUUGAUUUUUAAAGAGUGUUUUGUCAAGUUAACAGUGUGAUCCUAUUCUUGUCUUGUUAGAGAUUGAGUUCAAUGGGACUUAAUCCAAAUAAGGAAAUACUGGAUACCAGGAUUGCAUUCCUAAAUAAAAUGUAGGAAGUACUAAGCCCCCAUUUUACGUUUGGCUUAAUAAAGCCAACCAGUAUUGGAUAGCUUGGAUUCUGGUGAGCUUUUACCAAUUCACAUCCUAGCCUUGUAUUUACAUCCAGUAUCCACUAAACUGGAAACAAUGACCUUUUUCUGGCCGUAGUAACUGAAGUAUGUUUUCUACCCGAGAUCAAAUGAUUUGACUCCAUUGGCAUUAAUAGCAUAAACACACAGGAAUAUUUUCCUGCAUGCAAACAGGACAUGGUUUUUAAACUGCAUGAGCUCCUUUUAGCUGCCUAAUGGUGGGGAGGAGCUCACAAUGUUUCUCCACUCUGUUUGUCAAACGCCUUCCUUAUCUUUCUGCGUCAAAGACCGGUUCAGGAACUGAUCACUGCCCAACCCAGGUGUUUUCCCCCUCCUCAAGCCAAUGAGUUCAUUGUGCCUGAAGCCUUCAUGCAUCUUCAGACACAUCUCUGCCAGAUGAAAAAGAAAAACCUAUAUUCACAAAGGGGAAAAGAACUCGGAAGCUACAGUGAUGCUGGCAAUCUCUCUCUAUGGCAAACAUUUCCCAGCGGUUUGAAAAGAACCCCCUGACCAGCAGAGCAGAGCCAAUGGAUUCUAGACACGGGAUCAUCACUUCUUGCUGCUGUUACUUGUACCAGUUUCUCAAAAGUAGUAUGUUUCCUCCCAGCCUGAUGUCGCCUCUUGUGGAUUGAUUGUAAGGUGCAUAGGCAAGGCAUAUGUUAAACCCUGUAGUUUCCACUGCUGCUUCUCAAAGAAGAUGCCGGAUACAUUGUGUACAGUGCUGCAUGCCUUCUUAAGCGUCUUCAUCCCAUCAUCCAACCUCUUGGUGAUCAUAGUCAUCUGCCAGCUGAGAAAGAAGAAACCAAGCAGAAACUAUGUCUUCAUCCUUAACUUGGCAGCUGCUGAUCUGCUGGUUGGUGUGAUGUGCAUUGGGGAAGCUUUGGAUGAUGCAACAGAUGCACUUUUUGACCAAAAUCUGUUUCUUUGUCUCUUGCGGAUCUGCAUGAGCAUCACUCCUUGCAUUGGGUCCAUUCUCACCUUGCUUUUGGUUUCUCUGGACAGGUACUUGGCAGUGAAGUUGCCUCUUCAUUACCCUACACUUAUGAGCAAGAAACCUAUAGUCUUCUCUCUUGUUGUCCUGUGGACGGUUUCCUUCUUGGUGGGACACAUGCCACUUAUUUUCUCACAACUUCGCCUGAGUGAACUCUCAGGUACCUGUGGGGUCCUGGCAGCAGCCAAGAGUGACUACCUGUACAUAAUCUGCUUUGGCAUCUAUAUCCCUGCCUUGCUGACCUUGGUCUGUUUACAUAUCUCGGUGGGAAGGAUUGCUUAUCUUCAUCAGAAGCAGAUCCAGCGUGUCUGCCUGCACCCAGAUACCCCUACUGCUCCUCUCCGCCAUUUCAAAGCUCUGAGGACAGUCCUCAUUAUGAUUAUCUGUUUUGUCCUCUUCUGGAGCCCUUAUUAUGUAACUGCCAUUGUGAAAGCUACUUGUACCUCCUGCAGCCUGAGCUCACAGCUGAAGGAUUUGUUAUUCAUUUUAGGAGAAGCCAAUUCUCUGAUAAAUCCUUUUAUCUAUUCACUAUACAGCAAGGAUAUAAGAACCCAGUUGGUCAAAAUGAUGAAGUGUAAGGGAAAGGGACAAAUAAAACCCCACAGGUCCAACAGGUUGGCAGCGACCCAUUUCAACAUCAUAAACCAAAGUGACUUACCCUGCGGAGGAGCCACAAGACGAAAUUCAUCUGGGGAUCAACCGCCUAAAUCUCUUCCCUUCAACAGUUUCAGAGGAGUACUCACCGUUUCUUGAUCCAAGGCGGAAGAGAGAAAACCCACCACAAAGCAGGUGGAAAGCUUAUUAUGCACUGAUCAUCAGUAAAAAAGGUAAUGCAGAAAAAAGUCCAAAUGCGCAACCAAGUUUUCUGAACUAAGGUUUGGGCUUCCUAUUCUAUCUAUUCCACUACUGGGCAGUUAACCAUAAUUUGGUGACGCAGAGAUCAACAGUGAGCUAAGAAAACAGUGAUGCAUACAUUUCCCCAUAGUGUUCUUUUUAAUAAUUGCCUUUUGGGAACAAGUGCGCAAAUAAUUUUACCCUAAGACAGAAUUUUGUUUGUGGUGUUAUCCAGUCUACCAUCUCUUUGUAAGAUAUAUGUUCCUUUUUGCCUGGUUAUCUGGUUCCACAUGUGGCCUAGGUAAACGAGCUAGAAGGGAAAAUGUGUUGGGUCUAGUUUGAGUACCAAUUUCUAUGCAGUUAAUUUAAUCCAAGCAUCAAUAAACAAUAAAAACCCAAAUCUCUCUCCAGCCUUUACGUUCUUCUCCCACCCUUAUUGCUGUAUUACAUUGUUAUUUAUUACAUUGUUAAACUUAACCCCCUCCCCUGCUCUUGGGAGGACAUCCCAUAUAGCUGUUGCUUCCAUUGACUUGCUGCCUGUUUUCUAAAAAGACGGAGAACAGAAAUUAGUGGCCAUUCAGCUGUUCAGGGAAACUUGACAGGCAUAGCCCAUAAGCAGUUGGUUUCUAGUAUUGUUACAUUCUUCAACUGCUUGUGAAAGGCCACCGUACAAAGUAAUAUAUGAUGGGAA